AUGUUAACCCCAGGUAUAUCCGCUUUAGAAUAUUUCAAUCGACGUCUUGAACUUCUGAAAAAACUCCCAGCGAAAUCAUUGGCCAUCCUAAUCGGAAAUAGCGUCCAAUAUAGUUCCGGAUCGGUGUUUUAUGAUUUCCAACAAGAUAAUGAUUUAUAUUAUCUCACUGGAUGGAAUGAACCUGAUACCAUUGCCAUUAUUGAGAAGAAGAGUGAUAAUGGGGAUGAAAAUGAUGUUGUGUUUCAUAUGUUAGUCCCACCCAAGAAUGAACUUAAGGAAUUAUGGGAAGGUGCAAAACUGGGAUUAGAAGGUGCUUAUGAUGUUUUUAAUGCUGAUAUGGUGGAAGAUAUAGCUAGGGCACCUAUAUAUAUUAAGAAAUUGAUUAUGGGUUGUGAAUCUAUUUAUUGGGAUCAAAAAUUUGGAUCUCCAAAGGAACAAGAUACAAUAAAGUCGUUUUUCCAUAUUUUGGGAAAUUCAAAUUCCGUGAAUGAUAUAAUUAGAAAAAGUAGAAAACCAUUAUCUCCAUUAUCUGACCUAAUUGCUGAACUUAGAUGUGUGAAAUCACCAGCUGAGAUCAAAGUUAUGCAUUUCGCCGGACAAAUAUCCGCUCGUGCAAUCAACAAAGCAAUGGGAAAAGUAGGUUCCGAAAACCCAAUCUUAACUGAAAAGACAUUAGCCAAAUAUCUCGACUAUCAAUUUGUUAAAGGAGGAUGUGAUAAACAGGCAUAUAUCCCCGUUGUAGCCAGUGGUCGUAAUGCCUUAACGAUCCACUAUACCAGAAAUGACGACUUGUUAUAUCAGGAUGAAAUGGUAUUUGUAGAUGCUGGUGGGAAAUUAGGUGGAUAUUGUGCAGAUAUCUCCCGUACUUGGCCAAAUUCUCCAAAAGGAUUCUCAGACGCACAAAGAGAUAUAUAUGAAGCAGUAUUGAAUACCAAUAAGAAAUGUAUUGAAUUAUGUGAUGAAUCAUUAGGAUAUUCAAUGCAUGAUAUUCAUGAAACUAGUUUAAAACUGCUCAAACAGGAAUUGAACAAUUUACCGGGGUUUGAUGUUACAUUGGGUGAAGUUUCUCGAUAUCUUUAUCCUCAUUAUAUUGGACAUCAUUUAGGAUUGGAUUUACAUGAUAUCCCCACAAUCUCCAGAUUUAGGAAAUUAGAGGAUGGGAAUGUGAUUACGAUUGAACCAGGAGUAUAUAUUCCUGAAGAUGACAAAUGGCCCAAACAUUUCCAAGGAAUUGGGGUUAGAGUGGAAGAUGAUAUUGUGGUGGGGAAGAGUAAUGAUGAGAUUAUUAAUUUAACUAGUGGAUGUGUUAAGGAAAUUGCUGAUAUUGAAUCUUUAAUUUCUAGUGGAGGUUGUACUACCCCUGGUAUUAAUGAUGAAUUAGUGGUUUUGGAUAUUUAA